AUGUGCAUUCUGUUUCUAGUAUCAAACUUACCAGCCCGCUCAGUGGACAUUGGGACAGCACAGAACACGUCACUUCCAGAGAACACCUCUAGGUAUGAUAAUCUCGCGGAGUUGUAUGCCGUUAUCAACACUAUUCAAUGUCUCCAGAAGGCGUACAUCAAAGAUCAAAUAAACUCAAAAGAGAUUUCAAAUAUAAUCUUAAUAGGUAUACAGCAGCUUAUGGAUUGUCCGGCUGCUCUAGAAAGAAUCAAGGAGGGACGACCUAUAACCAUUAAAGACGAUAAAAUGAACAUAAGUAAAUCUAUCGCGGAUUUCGUUUCGCAAGACCGAUGUGAUGCACUACGUUUAGGCAGUUUACUUCGUAACAGCAACGUUGAUUCCACCUACGUUUUUCUUUUCAUUAUAUCUCAUUGUAUAAUAAACGGACGAGAGAAACCCAUAGUGAUUUAUGUGAACAGCCGACCUAGGCCCUUCGACUGGUAG